AUGCUUCCAGUUGAAGAUGUAUUACUAAUUAGCGUCAAAUCAGAAAUUAAAACGGGUAUCCAAGCUGAUAUAAAAUCAGAGAUUACUCCUAUUUAUGCUGAAAGUGAAAAUUGUUGUGAUAGUCUACUCAGUUGUUGUCGUAAAACUCACGAUUAUUGUUGCUGCUGCUGUCGACAGAAAACCAAAGUUACUCCUUUUGUUCAUAAUACGACAACAAUUUUCCAUGAUGAAGAUCCGAAUCGACGUACAAACGUUGCAGAAGAACAUCUACCUGUUCCAAAUGUGAAGGAAGAUUGUUGUAAUUGCUUUCGUUGUUGGUGUUGUCGAAUAAAGAAGGUUGUUGAUAUCAUUAGACGAACAAAUACCGUGGCUGAACGAAAAGAACAACGUGUAAUUAUAAUUACAAUUGAAUACAGCAAGUACAGUAAUCUUGAUACACCUUCAAAUGCAAGUCUACUCACUAGUGAACAACAAUCAGCCUACUACAAAGAGAAAUUCCAUCUGAAUAAAGAACUACAGUUCUACGCAAUCACCGAUAAAGAAUUGAAUUCAAAAAGUUUUGAACUGAAAAGUAGAGAAGUUGAAGCUUUCUGUCGAACAGUGAUGCAAUUGAAGGGAAUGAGAGAUUAUUAUCCAUCAGACAAUGAAUUACAAAAGAUUAUUGAUCAAUCCCAUCAGAAAACAAUUGGUGAUGAAUUUAAUGAAGAGGUUCUGCAACUUUCGUUAGAACCGAUGACAAAAGAAAGAAGUUCUCAGAUUCAAAAACUACCUCAAUAA